AUGCAAGCGAAAGUCAGCGCACUCUGCAAAGGGUUAAGGGAAUUGCGGAUCCAGAUAACAGUUUUGCGGUAUUACAACAGCCGGCCACGAAAGGUUGAUGAAGUGGCUUCCCAGGAAGAAGUUGUAGCAGUGCUGAAAAAAGUACUUACUGGAGCAGAUCUACCAAAUUUGCUAUUCUACGGACCUCCAGGAACUGGCAAGACUUCUGCAGCAGUUGCACUGUGUAGACAAUUAUUUUGUACUCCCGAGUUAUACAAAGAUAGAGUUCUUGAAAUGAAUGCUUCCGACGAACGAGGCAUCAAUGUUGUUCGCAGUAAAAUAAAGGAAUUCGCUCGGCGAGCUGUUUCUUCGUUUCUCCGGGAUGGGAGCUCUGUAAUAGGAUUAAAGGUUAUCAUUCUUGAUGAAGCGGAUGCAAUGACAGCGCCUGCACAGGCAGCUCUUCGACGAACAAUGGAAAGAGAAUCACGCACCACUCGUUUUUUCCUUAUCUGUAAUUACAUCACACGAAUCAUCGACCCGCUGACUUCACGUUGCGCUAAAUUCCGUUUCAAAUCACUUUCGGCAGGAAGUCAGAAGGAAAGGUUAGUGAUUUAG